GCUUGGUUGCGGGUCCCGAUGCAACCCUCCCAAGGCUGUACCUUUUCUCAACCACCUUAAACUUGACGUAUCAUCUCGUGUAGAGCGUGUCUGCUCGCCCCUCUCCAAUUUGAAUUGCUGACAGGAGAGCAGAUUCUACAACAAACGAACAGUCCUGUGUGGGAAUCCUGCCGAUUCCUCUUUCGUUUAGACUUACCGUAACGAGUCUAGGUAUCCAGAAUACCUACCUACCGUAAGGUACGUAUCGCAAUCAAUGCCAAUCAUGCCUGAUCCUGGGUCGAUCGAUUUGAUCCCGUACCUUGUCCAUCAUCACAAAAGAGAAGCAGCAAAGUUACGCGUGUUCUGUUACGAAUGAGUCAUUCUUACUAUGGUAGUCGACCAGUAUCCACGACUUGGCGAAACAGAAGCCAGAAGCUAGGUAGCGAGGGACGCUAUCUUCAGCUUGCAAUUAGUGUUUUUUUUUUUUUUGUCUUUUUUCAUGUGUGUUUCUGUUUGUCUGGCUUUCCGUCAUCCGCACCCGGUUCUCAUGAUCAUCGUGAACCAAUGCAGCACGCAACAUGCUCGACUAGGCACCUACAUCUUACCAAGCAGACUCUUUUGGCACAUUUCUUUAGUCUGGGUUUCACUCGGAAGCUAUACACCUUGACAUUACAACCGAACUAUGUACCUGCUUGACCGGUACGCCUAUCGAAUAAUUUUCGGGGAUGGCGGAUCUCCGCCGUUCCUCAUGAUGGAGAAAGGGACCCGACUCCCCCACUGUCCACAGACGAGCGCCGAUAGGUCCCGGAUGUCCACCGACACCAGUCAGUCAAUCGACUUAAACGAUCCAAGCUAGUAAAAACAACCUACAAGGAUACCCUCCGGGAAUAAAGAGAUAAAUGCGUCACCACCGACGACGCAGGUGAUUUUAAAAUGUGAUCGGCUAACCUAAGCAAUGGGUUUCUGCAUACGACAGGUCCAUCACUACUGGCUGGGCAACGGGGGUCUGGGGUCUGGUAGGUAAGGUACCCUAGGUACCACCUACCUUAGUCUUCGAGGUACAGUUUUACACUGAGUACCUAACCUACACUACCACACCCUAGAUGCAAAGAAAGGGCUGGCUGGGCCUUGGCCGAUGAUUGUGUGUGGGAUGAUUAAAUUCAGGCUCCCAUUGCCUCUUCAGAUCGGAGAACGAAACAGUCCAAGCAUCUUCACAGACGGGAUGUAUCUCAUCCCGGCUUGUGUUCUUUCUCUUGCACAGUCAGUCAACUCUGGCGCGUGACCCUGUCUGUCGUCGUGGAAAUUCCUUCGAAUCUCACCUGGAUUUCUCUCUCACACACACACACACACACACACACAGGUUACAUCAAGUCAGUCAUACAUCACACAGGCGCGCGGCCCCAUCCCCCCGUUGUGUUUUGCUUCCAUUUAAUACGCGGAACAAAUCCAUUUUGCGUGCGGAAGAAGCUGCUUACCCCAAAGGGUAUCCCAUGCGAGGUACCUUGGCCUAACAUGCUACCCGCCUGCCCUAUCACCAUUGCCCUUCGCACAUGCAAAGCCGUGUUUUUAAGUCGAAUGUGUGAAUUGGUGCAGCUAGCUGCUCCGCACCUAAAUCCCAGAGCAAUGGGUCGGAUCAGUCAUACUGAGCCGCACACCUUUAACCAAAGUAAUCCGGAUUUGGAAUCCAAUCCUUCCGCUGAGCUAGGUGGUUAUACAUAAUUCCCGAGCAACCUAAUUUUACCUGUCUUACCUAUCUGAUAUUCUCGAAUUGGACUGGGAUUCGCCUAAAGCUCAAUCAUCUGCUCACUGCCUGCACCCAUCAAACCCCAUUUCCUUGCUCCUCCUUUGGCUUAUGCAGAGUAUCCGUUCCAUUUAUUUAUCUAUCCAUCCAUCCAUCAUCCAUCCAUCUACCCACCCACCCAAAUCAAGCAUGCUACUCGGCUCCACCAGCCGUCAAAGUUGACCGCCAUGAUGCCCGCAUACACAGACAUAGUCAUAACUCGCUGCUACGCUAUAAUUCUCCGUCGACGUACAUGCAUGCUAUACCUUGCCAUGGCCGGCUGCCUAGCUAUGUAGGUAUGUUCGUUCCUGAGUAUUUACCUCAGGUAGCGAUCCGGGUGGUUCCGGGUCUCUGAUACUCCCUCUCCUUACUCCUGCCCGAGCUCUGACUCUAAACACAUGACAAGGCAGCACCUGGUCGCUUGACGCAACACGACACCACACCCCCCUGACGGUUUUAAAAAAAAAAAAAAAAAAAAAAAACUCGGCAGCCCUAUGAACGACCACAUUUCUCGAUGCCUCUUAGCGUUCUCCGAGCCGAGUAAUAUUAGUAGCUAGCUUUAGCUAUGGAUUGUGGCUUAGAUGCUCUCCCCCCGUAUAUCAUCUUAUGUGACCGGCCCCCAAUCAAACAAUCUGUUAACCUCAGUUUGCGUACGCGUGUUGUUCUCCUGGACUCCAAUACAAACGGUCGUCAUCUUGAUUACCUUGGCGUAAUCUACCUUUACCUUAUUGUCGUUCGGUCUGUAUCGAUCUGGACACUUACAUUUGAAGGACUUGCGUGUGCCCAUCUGCGGAGUACCGGACAUCUCACUACCCGACCCCGAGUCCUACACCAAGGUUUCUUUGUAUCUGGCGAUAUUAUAUCGAUUCAAGCUUGAGCCCCGCUGAUGACGCGGGAGUCUUCUAACCGAGCUGCAACCUUGACGUCGAGAUCUCUCACCCCCUUUGUGCUCACAAACCCAAGAUACCCUUCGCUAUAUUAUAUAUAACUAGCGGCAGCUGCCCCAGGCUCGUCAGAGGAGGGGCCACAGCAACAGCUUUUCACAUAUCAUACAUUGAUCUGCCAGUAUCAGGUAAUUCCCGGUACAGACAUUAAGGUCCACAGAAAUCAAUUUGCCACAAAAACAUAAGACGGCAUCUCGGAGAAGGAAUCUAUCAUCCAGUCCCAUCUAUAUGUCAUCUCAUAAAACAUCGACGGCAAAUACAUCCUCAGGCGACCCAGACCCCCGGAAUAGUCAUCAGGACGCUGUAGGCUCGGAAUCGUCUGAUCCAAAUAUGCACAACUACUCAAGCAUGCCGUCAUCAUCGCCACAGGGCUCGAGGAAACACGGCUCCUCGAGCAAAUCGAAGCAGAAGUCAGACGACUGGUCUCAAGUCACAGAUCCAGAAGAGAGGAGGCGCAUCCAAAACCGCAUUGCGCAACGGAAAUUUAGGAGCAAGGCCAGAGAGCAGAAGGAGAAGAGUGACCGGGACUCACGCAAUGUCGAGUACGCCGGUAGCAGUUACCAAGUCCCUGGAGCGGACGACUUGGGGCUGACGGAAAGUGACGUUGCCCCAUCAGGUCUGCCAUGGGGUGGCGUUAACAUGCACUACGUCGUUGGACGCGGACAUGAUGAUACGGGAAGCGGUGAUCGAGGUGGCGCGAGCGCAGCUGCACAUCAAAGGGGCGGUUCAACCACGGAAACUUAUACCUACGGCAGCGACCCACAUUACCUGAGUCCGACCUACCCGGAUAUGAAAAAUUAUGCUUACACGGGAUCUGGCAGCUGGGAGGGAAAUGACGAUAACGCAGAGGGAGACGACUCGUUAUAUUACGAGAGCACCCCCUAUUACUAUGACUAUCAGGGGUCCUCGAGCCGUUAGUCGAUCGGCGGGUAUGACCGAAGGACUCGAGGUAUGAUCGAUAUCUGUGGCCAGUUCCGUCCCUUGCUUUGCACGCAUCUGACAAUGAGCUACAGGGGAUGACUGAUUAAACAACCCCUGAGUCCUCUCGACAAAUCUUAUGACUACCUCAAACCAAACCCAAAAAAAACACUCCCCUCAAAUGAUCCAGACUUGUUCGGGCGUGGCUCAAAGAACUUCUGGACGAAGAUGAUGAUUAACGACCGAAGCGUUUCCCCAGUUAACGCCGAUUAUAUGAUCAAGAUCGUUUACCUAGUUAUCUCCGAUCUUACGAUUUCACUUUCGUAUUUCUACUUGCACUUCCGCCAAGGCGGAUGUCAGCCCUGUUGUACUUUUUCUCGCUUUCUUGAUCUUUGCUUGGAUGCCGUUGGUUUUACCAUCGGAUUGUACCACCAUGUUGUUUUUGGACCCCAUCACAUCCCUUACCGAGGCGAUCUCCCCUCAUCUACACCGCUAGAUAGAAGUUAGAAUUUUUGGGCUGUUUGCUUUUCUUUUUCAUGUCUAGACUGAGCUAUGAAUUCUUGGGGCAAACUGAAAACCAUGCGAACAAGAGCUACGAGUAUUCCAACAUUUUUAUCUUUGUGUGAACUGAG